ACAUCAGUUAAACAAUUUCUGGUUAUUUAUGUAUAUAUGUGUUUUUCUUUAUACUUUCAAAAACACUUUCUCAUUAUUCCAAGAUUCAUUUACCAUUAUUAUGCAAUAAAAGGUAGUGCCAUGCCAUGAACCUAUUAUGUUUUCUUUAACACAUUCAUAUCACUGCACUCAAAUAGAUUCUUUCACUGCCAAUGUUUCAUGUUGUUGUUUUCCUCAUGACUUGUUUUGUUUCCAUCACUUUUUCACUUCUUUUGUUCUUACCUUUCACUUGUUCCCUCCAACAAGUGCAAACAAAACUAACAAACCCUCCUAUGCUUCCAAAUUCUUGCAAUGAAACAUGUGGAAAACUCCAUGUUCCUUUUCCAUUUCAUGUCAAUACUUCAUGUGUAUCAUUAUCAACUUCAAUAUUCCACCUCACUUGCACAAAUUCUUCCACCCUUUUGAUCAAAAUUGGUUCUUCAAACUAUCCCAUUUUGGAAUUCUUCUCAGAUGGUUUAUUAGUAGACUUUCCAAGCUCAUCGUCGUGUCGACAAUACAACGAUUUGAACUCAUUUGGUGACAAGAGUUUUGAUGGAAAGAACUACUUUGGUGUCUCAGUUGACAAUGUUGUUGGUCUCUAUGAUUGUGAAGAUUCUUCACUUUGUAAAGCAGAUUGUGAAACAGUUAACCUUCCUGGUUGUGAUGGAAGUGUUGGUGGUUCACUUGGAUGUUGUUAUCCACUUUCUGAUCAUAGUAUAUGGCAUGUUGGUGAAAGUUUUUCUGUUUUUUCUAUGUUUGGAUGCAGGGGAUUUUCUAGUUGGGUUGUUUUGAAAGGGUCUUAUUCAGGAAAACGUGGUGUGAAAUUGGAAUGGGGUGUUCCUAGGAACAUUUCUAAGGAGAUUUGUGCAAAGAAUGGAGAUAUGGUGAAUGCUACAGCAGUUAAAGGUGGUGUAAGGUGUGUUUGUCAAGAUGGAUAUGUUGGUGAUGGAUUUGCUAAUGGGACAGGAUGCUUAUUGUCAUGUGUCAAAAAUGGAAAGGAAGCAUAUGGAAGUGACUGCUACAUCAAAAGACAUGAUCAAAGAAAAAUGGUUAUCAUUGCUGGAAUCCUUUGUCCUAUUCUUAUUGUUGCAUCAUUGGCAUCACUAUUCUAUCUUCUAAAAAGAAAAGAAAAGCCAGGAAUGUUUGAUACUGAACAAGCUUAUUACCACAACAUUUCGUUCCGAAAACCGUGUCGAACUCGACUAUUCAGCCAAACUGAGCUAGAACAAGCGACAAACAAUUUUGAAGACAGCAAAAAACUCAUGCAAUCUAACAAUGGAACAAUGUAUGCUGGAGUCCUAGGUGAUGGAUCACAUGUAGCCAUACAGAAAAUAAAAUGUGAGAAUGAAAAAGACAUCAUUCAAGUAAUGUCACAAAUUCAAAUUCUAUGUACUAUUGUACAUAGAAAUGUUGCAUCAAUUCUUGGAUGUUGCAUUGAAUGUGGAUACAAUCCUCUAGUUGUUUAUGAAUAUCCUGCAAAUGGAACAUUGGAAGAACAUUUACAAAAAAUUGGUUUAGAUUGGUAUAAGAGAUUAAGUAUUGCAGCAGAAACAGCUAGUACUAUUGCAUUGUUACAUUAUGAUAAAUCACCUCCUAUAUUUCAUCAUAACCUAAGGUCUAGUUGCAUAUUCCUAGAUGAUGAUUUUUCUGUCAAGAUUGCAGGAUUUGGAAUAGUUAAUUCUUCUGAUGUUGAUUACGAUUACACGAACCGCGAACGGUUGAGUUUCUGCAGAAAUGAUGUGUAUGAUAUGGGAGUUUUGCUACUUGAGAUUAUAUAUGGUUCAAAUAAAUUGGACUCACCUACAUUGGCAUUGAAGAAAAUAAGAGAUGGUAAGAUUGAAGAAAUUGUUGAUCCUGUUCUUGAUUAUCAUGAAAUGGCUAAUUGUUGUCAAGAGCAGAUACAGAUUGUUGCUGAUCUUGCAACAAGGUGUUUGCUGUUUGGUGGUGAUGGAAAAGUUGGAAUGAUUGAUGUUGCUAGGGAGUUGGUACAUUUGAGCAAAGAGAGUGAUGUCAAAGGAUUUUCAUUGGAAGAAACAUUCUCAAAUUCUAGCCUUCUUCAAAUGAUUUCAAUGUCUCCUGAUUCUAUGAAUGUUCCUUGAAUUUUCCUAUCAAUGAAUUUGGCCAAAUCACGAUUUAAUCGAGAUUUUGUUGAAACUAAAAAGUGUAACUUUGUCAAAAUCACUUGCAUGUUUGAUUUUGUAGUGGAAUUAGUAAAAUCAUAUUGAGCUACCGUGAUUUUACAUAAACUAAACUUUAUAACUUUUACAAAAUCACCGUAGUUUACACUGAUUUUGGUAAUGUUUAUGUGAAAGCAACAAUGAGAUACCAUAAUUGUGUACGUGUGCAUUAGAAAUCCCCUAACUCUGUAUAUUUGGACUGGAUUGAGUGCUAUGGUUGUAAACUAAGCUGUAUAAUUAAGCUAAUGUAUGCAAUUAAUGUUGAUUUCAAAAAUUGAAUCAACUGCUAUUUAAUA